CUCCCGGUCCCCCUGGGCAAGCCAGACCUUCAAAGUUUGUCCGCUCCGCAGCCCCGUAGAGGUUUUGACCCCCGGCCUGGGGUGGAUUGAGCUGGGUAGGGCGAGGCGGCGGGAGCCGGGCUCAGCCUCGGCGACCCCCAUGGCUGCGGUGUUUCUGGUGACGCUCUAUGAAUACUCGCCCCUGUUUUACAUCGCGGUGGUCUUCACCUGCUUCAUCGUGACCACCGGCCUGGUACUGGGAUGGUUUGGUUGGGAUGUUCCAGUAAUUCUGAGAAAUUCAGAAGAGACCCAGUUCAGCACAAGAGUGUUCAAAAAGCAAAUGAGACAAGUGAAGAAUCCUUUUGGCUUAGAGAUCACUAACCCAUCCACAGCUUCAAUUACAACUGGCAUAACCUUGACCACAGAUUGCCUCGAAGACAGCCGCCUUACCUGCUACUGGGGCUGCAGCGUCCAAAAACUACACGAAGCCCUCCAGAAACACACGUACUGCUUCCGAAUCAGCACGCCCCGCGCGCUGGAGGAGGCGCUGUACAGCGAGUAUCUCCACCAGGAGCAGUAUUUUAUCAAAAAGGACAGCAAAGAAGAAAUAUAUUGCCAGUUACCAAACGACACUAAAAUUGAAGACUUUGGGACAGUGCCCAGAUCUCGUUACCCAUUGGUGGCGCUGCUCACGUUAGCUGAUGAGGAUGACCGAGAAAUUUAUGAUAUUAUUUCCAUGGUAUCAGUAAUUCAUAUUCCUGAUAAGACUUAUAAACUUCCCUGCAGAAUAUUGUAUCAAUAUUUGCUCCUGGCUCAGGGUCAAUUUCAUGAUCUUAAGCAACUUUUCAUGUCUGCAAAUAAUAACUCCACUGCCUCCAGCAGUCCCUCACCAGAAGAGAAAAACGCGGACCGCAACUUGCUGGAAAAGGCUGGACUGGGUGAGAGUGAGGUGGAGCCGGCGGAGGAGAGCAGCAAGGACUGUGUGGUGUGCCAGAACGGGGGCGUGAACUGGGUGCUGCUGCCCUGCCGGCACGCGUGCCUGUGCGACGCCUGUGUCAGGUAUUUCCAGCAGUGCCCGAUGUGCAGGCAGUUCGUACAGGAGUCCUUUGCGCUUUGCAGUCAAAAAGAGCAAGACAGAGACACCGUGAAAGCUCCUUGAAGGUGCUGUUGCCGCUGAAAACUACACUUUCUACCUGAGAUGCAGAUGGCUGUAUCCUUAGAGUUAAUCCGGAUGCAGGGUCAACAGUAUUGACCGUCAAAGAACAUUCUCGUCUUGGUUGUAUUUAUGCAAUACAUGGACCGUGGGAGUGAGUGGCUCCCUUCUCCUCAGUGCGGUGAGCCCGGGAAUACCACAGAAAUACAAAGAGCUCACAAGAAUGUAAACAUUGAGCUUGGGAUCACUAGAUUUCAUAAAAUCAUUUGGAAAACUCAUUCUGAAAAGCAAUCUGUCUGAAAUUUCAAAAGCUAAAAUUCUCAAGAUUGCUGAAUAUUUUGCUUUCAACAUAAUGUGGAGUGGAAUUUGGAAGAAACGUAUUUCUCUUUAAUUGUAUGUUCCUCAGUUUAUAAGCUAAGCGUUGGAAAGGACUUCUUCUUUGAAUCCUUUCCUGAAGUACGCUUUUAUAAAUAUCAGUCUCUUUGGUUUGUAAUUUCCUUAACAUCAUAGUUACAUAAGCACAAGUCUUAAUUUUUAAAUAUAGGUUGUUAAAUCAUAAAUGCAAAGUAUUCUUCACUGUUCCCAGUGUAUCACACAUUAAAAUAACACUGAGCCAUAGGUGCAGAUAUAUAAAACCCAGAUAAUAAAAUAUCUUGGGUAAUUAAAUUUAUCAGCUUGUUUGUUCAAAUAUUAGAUUAGCAGAAUUACCAGGGAAGAUCUGAGAGACUCUUUAUGCCUUCCCUUGGAUUUCCUCCUGCAGAGCAAAUUUAUUCACAAGAGAAGGGCUUUUCAAAAAAUCAGUAAAAGAAAUAACAUUUUUUCUAAUGUAUUUUUAUUCCAAAUCCGGUAUCCCCCCUGGACUAUGAAGUACUUCACUUUUUUCCUUACAAUGUUCUCUUGAGAGUUGAGGAACUUGGCAGACAAGAUGUCACUCUCCAAGAUGACGGAGAGCAGGGCUGGUGGUCUGUAGCUCGCCCAGGUUCACCACCACUGACUUGGCAUAAAAGGGAAAAGUGAGCUUCCGCUGCCUUCUUGGAAGAUAAUGUUCUGCUCACCGAUAACGUGGACCAGGGCAAAUAAACUGUAGCACUCAGGGAGGGUUUUCAAGCCUUCUGUCCUGUUUGUAUUCAGAGUGACCUCUUCCCUUUGUCUCUGUGUUUUCACUGUCACUUCAUUCUAGUCAGAUCCUGCACUUUCAGGUGGACAUCUCAGGUUGGGGAUGUCACUCAUGGCUGAGCUCUUGCCUAGCUCGAAUAAGGCUUCAGCCCUCAGUCCUGUUCCCUUGCCUCCCAGUCUGUUCUUCAUGUAUAAACCAAAUCAAGCUUGACCCACACUCAGUAACUAUGUCAUAAAUAACUUGUAGGACUCAGCUACAAAGGGUCAGGCAAGACUUGUCACCUCAAAGUAUUUGUGCAUGAAAGGAGCCUUGGUGGCUGGUUAGAAACACCUCCUCGCCGCCUGGAAGUCACUACUGCCCCUGCCUGCGAUCACUAGCAGUGUAACAAGGAAGCCUGAAUACUCACGUUAGCCUGUAAUCGGGAUCCUCCAGUCCCUUCUUCCAGCCUGGCCAGGCCAUCCUGCCUUCCUUGGCAGAUCUGUCUGUGCCUCAGCCAUCCUAGAAGCCUCACUGCUUUCUCCUGGGAAGUAGAUUUUAGCAAUUCUGUAAUCCUCCACUUGUCAUAGCUCAUUUUUAUAACUGGUAAAAUAUUUAAACCAUAGGUUUUAGCACUUUCACCUUUCAGGUGUAAAAUUCAGGGACAUUAAAAUACAUAAUUGUACAGCCAUCACCAGGAUCCAUUUCUAGAACUUUUCCAUCCCAAACCGAAGCUCUGUGCUGCAGGGCCCCAGCUCCCACCCUCCAUCCCCGCCCUCCCGGCUCUGGUAACUGUCAUUCUACUUCCUGUCCAUGAACCUGGCCGUGCCAGCCUCCCCACACAAGUGGAGUCAUACUGCAUUUGUCCCCUCCAUGUACUUCACUGAGCAUGCUUUCUAGGUUCCUCCAUAUCGUGGCUUGUGUCAGAAUUUCAUCCCUUUUAAAGGGGAAUAAUAUUCAUUCAGGUACUAUUGACCCGAUACUUUUCAUUCCUCCUAAAGACAGUAUGUCCUCUGUUCUUGCUGCCAUUAAAGGAAUUGGUUUCCCUGCACAACUGUAAUAUGACAGAUUUGGUAAACAAUCACAGAAGAACAAGUACAAAUGGCUCUGAUUUAACAAUGCUUCUUUCUACUCAA